GUGGGACGUCGGUUGACGCUGAAGUCAAGAUGGCCGUGAACCUCAGGCAGAGCGAAGAGCCUGCUGUAGCAAGGCCGCGAACGAAGUUCUGAAUAAAGAGCCUUCGUCGCUGCCGGUUCGGACUCGUAAAGCUGUAAUCCACCUGAGGAGCACUCGAGACGACCUCCGAGAGCAGCGGGCCGACACACAGCGCAGGAUAACGGGUCGGAUGAACCCCGACGAGGACGAGGACUAGAACACGAGGAGCCUGACAGAGAAAACCCUGAAACAAGCCGAAUGAAGCGAGCAGCUGCCAAACAUCUAAUAGAGCGCUACUACCACCAGUUGACCGAGGGCUGUGGGAAUGAGUCCUGCUCCACCUCGUGGUGCGCCUCGUCAGCCGGCUUCACCCGCAUGGACAACAACGCAGCGGCCGUCAAAGCCCUGGAGCUCUACAAGGUCAACGCCACGCUAUGCGACCCCCACCCCUCAAAGAAAGUCACCGCCUCGGCCUACCUGGAGAGCAACUCCGCCGGUAACAGGAAGUCGAACCAUAAAGACGUCCACUCCGUACGGGACAAUUUCAGAGAUGUAAAUUACCUGACGGAGGACAAAGUCUAUGAGAUCUUGGACAUCUGCGGAGAGAAGGAAGAUUACUCCCCUCUGAUCAGGGUAUUGGGUCGGGUGUUCUCCAGUGCUGAGGGCCUGGUGCAGAGCUUCCGGAGGUCCAAACCUCACACCAAAGAGGAGCUCAAGUCCCUCCAAGGUAAGGAUGAGGACAAGGACGAGGAUGAGAAGGAGGCCGCUGCCUGUUCCGCCAUGGAGGAGGACUCCCCGCCCUCCUCUUCAUCAUCAAGACUCGGAGAGGGCUCCUCGGGGGGAAACGAUGUCCAAAAGCUGGGCCCCGAUGAGGUGUCGGUGGACAUCGAGGCCGUCCGGCGGGUAUACGAGCGCCUGCUGUCCAAUGAGAAGAUAGAAGCCGCCUUCCUGAACGCGCUGGUCUAUCUCUCACCCAACGUAGAGUGCGAUCUGACCUACCACAACGUGUACUCGCAAGACCUGAACUACCUGAACCUGUUUGUUAUCGUGAUGGAGAACAGCAACCUCCACAGCCCAGAGUACCUGGAGAUCGCCCUGCCACAGUUCUGCAAGGCCAUGAGCAAACUCCCACUGAGCGCUCUGGCCAAACUGGCCCGCCUGUGGUCGCACUACAGCACGGAGCAGAUCCGGCGUAUGGUGGAGACCUUCCAGCAGCUCAUCACCUACAAGGUGAUCAGUAACGAGUUCAGCAGCCGCAACCUGGUCAACGACGACGACGCGGUGGUGGCGGCCACCAGGUGCCUGAAGAUCGUCUACUACGCCAACGUGCUCGGCGGCGACCUCGACACGGAGCACAAUGAGGACGAGGACGAGGAACCCAUCCCUGAGUCCAGUGAGCUCACCCUGCAGGAGCUGCUGGGCGAGGAACGGAGGAACAAGAAGGGCCCUCGGGUGGACCCGCUGGAGACGGAGUUGGGGAUCCGCACCAACGACUGCCGGCGGCCGCUCGUCGCCUUUGAGGAGUUUGUCAACGAACCUUUAAACGAGGUGCUGGAGAUGGACAAGGACUACACUUUCUUUAAGGUUGAAACCGAAAACAAGUUCUCCUUCAUGACCUGCCCCUUCAUCCUGAACGCCGUCACCAAGAACCUGGGUCUCUACUACGACAACCGCAUCCGCAUGUACAGCGAGCGGCGCAUCACCGUGCUCUACAGCCUGGUGCAGGGCCAGCAGCUCAACCCCUACCUGAGGCUCAAAGUGAGGCGAGACCACAUCAUCGACGACGCUCUGGUCCGGCUGGAAAUGAUUGCGAUGGAGAACCCUGCAGACCUGAAGAAGCAGCUGUAUGUGGAGUUUGAAGGAGAGCAAGGCGUUGAUGAAGGAGGCGUUUCCAAAGAAUUCUUCCAGCUGGUGGUGGAGGAGAUCUUUAACCCAGAUAUUGGCAUGUUCACGUAUGACGAGCGCACCAAGCUGUUUUGGUUCAACCCUUCUUCGCUGGAGAACGAAGGCCAGUACACUCUGAUCGGCAUUGUUCUGGGCCUGGCCAUCUAUAACAACUGUAUUCUGGACGUCCACUUCCCCAUGGUGGUCUACAGGAAGCUGAUGGGCAAGAAGGGAACUUUCAGAGACUUAGCUGACGCCAACCCGGUUCUCUUCCAGAGUCUGAAGGAACUGCUGGAGUACGAUGGCAACGUGGAGGAGGACAUGAUGAUCACGUUCCAGAUCUCCCAGACGGACCUGUUUGGGAACCCACUCAUGUACGAUUUGAGGGAAAAUGGGGACAAGAUUCCAGUCACGAAUGAAAACAGAAAGGAGUUCGUGGCUCAGUACGCGGAGUACAUGCUGAACAAGAGCGUGGAGAAGCAGUUCAAGGCCUUCAGGAGAGGCUUCCACAUGGUCACCAACGAGUCCCCCCUGAAGUACCUGUUCCGACCGGAGGAGAUCGAGCUCCUGAUCUGUGGCAGCAGGGUGAGCUCCGUGAGCAGACGCUGGGACUCGCUGCGUCCUUUAGCUCAAAGCCUUCAUCCCCUCUUGUCUUGUGCUGCAGAACCUGGACUUCCUGGCUCUGGAAGAGACCACCGAAUACGAUGGAGGCUACAGCCGAGACUCUCGAAUCAUCAAGGAGUUCUGGGAGACGUUGCACUCGUUCGGGGAGGAGCAGAAGCGCCUCUUCCUGCAGUUCACCACCGGCACCGACAGAGCACCUGUGGGCGGGCUGGGCAAGCUGAAGAUGAUCAUCGCCAAGAACGGCCCCGACACGGACAGGUUACCGACAUCUCACACCUGCUUCAAUGUGCUGCUGCUGCCCGAGUACAGCGACCGGGAGAAGCUGAGGGAGAGACUGCUGAAAGCCGUCACCUACGCCAAAGGGUUCGGCAUGCUCUGAGCCCGGCUCCGAGCCCGGCUCCGAGCGGACUCGUUCUCAGAAAGCCCAUCAGACCCGGCCCGGCCUUCCUUUAUCAGACACAAGCUAAGAGGUGAAAGAGAGAGUAUGUUUUGAGGAAAGUCAACAAUGGAAGAGGAGAAAGUAGUUCUGCUCCGUCAGUGUAAGCACAGAGACCUCCUGAUCAAAGUACCACAUCCACAUGAUGUGCAUGUGCAGCAGCCCUGUGUGUUUCGAUGUACAGAGGAUCAGUUCCCUUAUUAUUUAUUUCAAGCUUCAAACGGGUUCUUUCAUGCCCGCCUGUUGUGAUAGCGUCCCUACUGGGAAAGGGGGAUGGGUUGAUAUUAAACCAUGUGCAUUGGGACACUUCACCAACCAGUCGAUAUGAAAUGUGUAAAAGUAGACCUGAGCUCUGGUCCAGACUGUUGACAGACAGCAUGCAGUGUAGAGUCGUCUUUAGAGAAGUCAUCUUCAUCACGGUAUUCAGAGAGUUACUGUGAUUUGGUCCAAAAUGGCACAUUCUGAAAUGGCUGUUUUUGAGCCUUUUUUCCGUGGGGGUGUGGGGGGGGGGGCACCACCGCAGGUUAGACUAAGAUCUUUACAGAGCUAUGUAAGUGCACUUAGACAUUUUCAGAAUGUUUGUUUUCUGGCCAUGAUUGUUUGAAGCAUUUUAUUUCCAUGUCUUCCUGUGUUGACGAUUCUAAAUAAAACUAGUAUUUAUGUACCAGUUGGAACCACGACACCGUGUCGGGCACCUGUUGGAGGAUGUACUCUUGUGGACCGGACUCUGCUGGUGGUCUCAGAGUCGAUAGGUGAAACUCCAGGAAGCACGCUGCAUGCUCUGUUUCAGGCUUAGUCUCUGAAGCCUAGACCUGGAGUCUCUGGCAUUGAGAUACAACAUGUAUGUGAUCCCAGAGCAGCCAUAGGUAGCGAGGCUGUUUCCUCCUGUUUCCUCCUGUGGGCUCUAAGCUCGGCUCACCGGGUCCUGGUCCUGCGUACAGAUACGGUACUGUGUGGACAAGUCACUGGGAUCACAUUUAUCUUUGGACCUGUCAAUACCCACUGUCGAUGGAAAGGGCUUCACAAAGAGUAGAACUUCUAAAUUUAAACACACCUCCAAUGGAACAAGGAUUUAAACCACUGUGUGUGUAUAUAAGCUCUAUUACACAUGAUAAUUAGUUAUUUCUACCACUUGGUUGUUGGUACAACAUGAAGAUCAAUUGGCAGACACUUAAUAGGUGGAGUCAACAGUUUAAUUAAAUUUCCCGACCAAAGGCAUUAAAUCCUGGACUUGGUGUUCAUUGGUUUUCACCGUGAGGAACACAAGCUGUCAUGGAGCACUGUCCUUUUAACCUUCAGGUUGACCCUUAACUUAACCCUGGUUGAGGUCUUUGGGUAAACACUGUUGUCUGAACCGUUUCCCCUCAGCUUCAGAGUUGCUCUGAAACGGUGAAGCAUUUAUUCACAGCUUGAACCAGAUCUUCCUAAUCGGUCCCUGAAGCUGGCUCAUGUGUCAUUACUAUAUGUGGGUCUCAGGGUACCAGGUGGUCAUACAUGGGGGCAGAUGGGACCCCCUGUCUCUGGUCCUUCAGCUUCUUCCUGCUGUGUUUACGUCAAGAACCGGAAACGGACAACGUCAACUGUGAAGAGGUCAAAGGUCAUGGACUAGGAGUCAGUCGACAGCUGGUUACCGUCUCCUCGUACACGACCACCUGUUGCCACGAGUCAUGACUCCUGAGCCCGCUUCAUGGGCGCUGAGUAGCUUUUAUGUCUAAAACAAACGGUUUGGAUGACUUCUCUCUCUGCUGAGGUCUGAUGGGGCCCACUACACACCACUAAACCAACCCUGAGCCAUGCUUUACUUCCUCAUCGUCAUGGGCAACGGGAUGUUGGAGAACGUCUUCAUUGGAGGCCCUUUGGGUGGCCCAUGGACUGUGAUGGAGAACCACUACAGCAUCCUGUAUGUUUGUGUGACUGCAGGAGCAUCUCUGUGUCCGAGUUCAAACCGGUUCAGGGCGACUUGUUGAGACCAGGUCUAGUUUUAUCUAUUUAACAUCUCUGUUCCUCUGUUUGGAUGCUGCUCAUGUGAACAUGUGAAAGGUGAAAGGUCAGCCUGGUCUUGGAAAGGAAAGGCUGGCUUAACAGUUUCAUUCUUAAAGAUACAAACUCAUGAAAGUCAACAAGUAUUCGUGUUGUGAAAACAUGCUAAAUAAAGAUGACAGCUUUUUCCAA